AUGCACACCACUGGAGCCCUAGCCGAGUCUUAUCAAAUACAGUUCUUCUAUUUAGUUAGCGAUCCUAAGGUGCAAAAAUCUAAUGAUUCUGAAUCAAACGCUGAAUUGCAAACUCUUUUAACGGAGUUUCAGGAUGUGUUUCCCACACCAUCCGGGUUGCCACCAUCAAGGUCCCACGAUCAUGGUAAAGGUGUUCAUAUGGCCCCGUCAAAAGUCAAAGCCAUCAUGGACUGGAUAGCUCUUACAAAUAUUCGGCUAUUGCGGGGUUUUUUGGGCUUGGCGAGAUACUACCGCCGGUUUAUCCGGGGUUAUGCUUCACUUGCUAAUCCUCUAACAUCCCUCCUAAAGAAAGAUAGCUUCUUUUGGGAUGAGCAUACCGCUUCGGCUUUCAGCAAAUUAAACUCCGCCAUUACAAACGCUCCAGUCUUACAAUUACCUGACUUCUCAAUUCCUUUUAUUCUCGAGAUCGAUGCCUCCGGGAUGGGUAUAGGAGCCGUUUUAAGUAAGAGAAAACAUCCGAUAGUUUUCUUUUCAAAGAAACUGAGCCCCCCACAUGCAGAAAUAUCACGAGAAGGGGGUAGUCUUAAGACAGUUUCUUGGAAGAAUGUAGUAGAAGUGCUACAAAAGAAUCAUAAUUUUGUUGUUGAACAACGAGAAAUGAAAAACCAUUAUGAUUACCUUAAAGGAAAGUAUGAAGCAUGGCUUUGUAUUCAGUUGUUUAAUGGAGUGGCUUCCAUCAGUGUUGGAACUUGGGGACCAAUUGGUACUGUUCCAAACCCUUCUAGUGUGACUCCUGAAAUUGGUGAAUAUUAUGACACACAAGACUAUUAUGAUCUAACACAAGAACCACUUCCUUCAGAAGAAGAGAUUGUUUUUCGUCCUCAACCUCAAAGGAAAAAGCAAAGAGGAAAACAACGUUCAGUAAAUGAGGAUGAUUUAGCAAGGCUUGUGACACAUGUUAAACAGAUCUUGAACAAACCACCGGGGGAGGAUGAGAAGGAUCAUUGCAUUGAUAAGUUGGAAGCAAACAACAUUGUAUGA